CAAGGUCGCCGGCGGCCGUGGGGCACCGGGCAGGUGGGAGCCCGCGCGGGCCGGGCCGGGAUGAGCAAUGGCAUCGGUCAAGGUGGCCGUGAGGGUCCGGCCCAUGAAUCGCAGGGAAAAGGACUUGGAAGCCAAAUGCAUUAUUCAUAUGGAGAAAAGCAAAACAACAAUCACAAACUUAAAGAUACCAGAAGGAGGGACUGGGGACUCAGGAAGAGAACGGACCAAGACCUUCACCUAUGACUUUUCUUUUUAUUCUGCUGAUACAAAAAGUCCAGAUUAUGUUUCACAAGAAAUGGUUUUCAAAACCCUCGGCACAGAUGUCGUGAAGUCUGCAUUUGAAGGUUAUAACGCUUGUGUCUUUGCAUAUGGGCAGACUGGAUCGGGAAAGUCUUACACUAUGAUGGGAGACUCUGGCGAUUCUGGCUUAAUACCUCGGAUCUGUGAAGGGCUCUUCAGUCGGAUAAAUGAAACCACCAGAUGGGAUGAAGCAUCUUUUCGAACUGAAGUCAGCUACUUAGAAAUUUAUAAUGAACGUGUGAGAGAUCUACUUAGGCGGAAGUCAUCUAAAACCUUCAAUUUAAGAGUCCGUGAGCAUCCAAAAGAAGGACCUUAUGUUGAGGAUUUAUCUAAACAUUUAGUACAGAAUUAUGGUGAUGUAGAAGAACUUAUGGAUGCGGGAAAUAUCAAUCGCACCACAGCAGCGACUGGGAUGAAUGACGUCAGCAGCAGGUCUCAUGCCAUCUUCACCAUCAAGUUCACUCAGGCGAAAUUUGAUUCUGAAAUGCCGUGUGAAACCGUGAGUAAGAUCCACUUAGUGGAUCUUGCCGGAAGUGAGCGUGCGGAUGCCACUGGGGCCACCGGGGUGAGACUGAAGGAAGGGGGCAAUAUUAACAAAUCUCUUGUGACUCUGGGGAGCGUCAUUUCUGCCUUAGCCGAUUUAUCUCAGGAUGCAGUAAACCCUCUUGUAAAAAAGAAGCAAGUUUUUGUGCCUUACAGGGAUUCUGUUUUGACGUGGUUGUUAAAAGAUAGCCUUGGAGGAAACUCUAAAACUAUCAUGAUUGCCACCAUUUCACCUGCUGAUGUCAAUUAUGGAGAAACCCUAAGUACUCUUCGCUAUGCAAAUAGAGCCAAAAACAUCAUCAACAAGCCUACCAUUAAUGAGGACGCCAACGUUAAACUCAUCCGUGAGCUUCGAGCAGAAAUAGCUAGACUGAAAACACUGCUUGCUCAAGGGAAUCAGAUUGCCCUCUUAGACUCUCCCACAGCCUUAAGUAUGGAGGAAAAACUUCAGCAGAAUGAAGCAAGAGUUCAAGAAUUGACCAAGGAAUGGACAAAUAAGUGGAAUGAAACCCAAAACAUUUUGAAAGAACAAACUCUAGCCCUUCGGAAAGAAGGGAUUGGAGUUGUUUUGGAUUCUGAGCUGCCCCAUUUGAUUGGCAUUGAUGAUGACCUUCUGAGUACUGGAAUCAUCUUAUAUCACUUGAAGGAAGGUCAGACAUAUGUUGGUAGAGAAGAUGCUUCAACAGAACAAGAUAUUGUUCUUCAUGGCCUUGACUUGGAGAGUGAGCACUGUAUCUUUGAAAAUGUCGGAGGGACAGUGACUCUCAUACCCCUGAGUGGGUCUCAGUGCUCUGUGAAUGGUCUUCAGAUCACCGAGGCCACACACCUAAAUCAAGGUGCCGUGAUACUCUUGGGAAGAACCAAUAUGUUUCGCUUUAACCAUCCAAAGGAGGCUGCCAAGCUCAGGGAGAAGAGGAAGAGUGGCCUUCUGUCCUCCUUCAGCUUGUCCAUGACCGACCUCUCGAAGUCCUGUGAGAACCUCUCCGCGGUCAUGUUGUAUAACCCAGGACUUGAAUUUGAGAGGCAACAGCGUGAAGAACUUGAAAAAUUAGAAAGUAAAAGGAAACUCAUAGAAGAAAUGGAGCAAAAGCAAAAGUCCGAUAAGGCGGAACUGGAGCGGAUGCAGCAGGAGGUGGAGACGCAGCGCAAGGAGACGGAGAUCGUCCAGCUGCAGAUCCGCAAGCAGGAGGAGAGCCUGAAACGCCGCAGCUGCCACAUCGAGAGCAAGCUCAAGGAUCUGCUCGCCGAGAAGGAAAAGUUUGAAGAGGAGAGGCUGAGGGAGCAACAGGAAAUCGAGCUGCAGAAGAAGAAACAAGAGGAAGAGAGCUUUCUCCGUGUCAAAGAAGAACUCCAGCGGCUCCAGGAGCUCAACCACCAUGAGAAGGCCGAGAAGAUUCAGAUAUUUCAAGAACUGGACCGGCUCAAAAAGGAAAAGGAUGAACAGUAUGCCAAGCUUGAGUUGGAAAAGAAGAGACUGGAGGAGCAGGAAGAGGAGCAGGCCGUGCUCGUGGCGCAUCUGGAGGAGCAGCUCCGAGAGAAGCAGGCGAUGACCCGGCUGCUGCGGCCAGGCAGCGUGCAGCGGGUGCAGCAGGAGAGGAGAGAGCUGGAGGGCAUCCGCGAGUCCCUGCUGCGGGUGAAGGAAGCGCGGGCCGCAGGGGACGACGACAGCGAGGAGUUAGAGAGGGCUGAGCUGCACUUCUUAGAGUUCAAGAGAAGGCAGCUGGUCAAGCUAGCCAACCUGGAGAAGGACCUGCUUCAGCAGAAGGACCUCCUGAAGAAAGAAGUCGAAGAAGAACAGGACAUCCUAGAGCGUUUAAAAUCUGAAAAAGAAGAAGAAUUCAGGUUGUUGGGAAAAAAUGAUGGUGGUGUCAUAGAUGUCACCCAGGGGGCUCAAGAUUUAGAGAAAAUAAAGCCAGCGCAGUACAGGCUGCAAUAUAAAGAACGCCAGCUCCAGCACCUCCUGCAGAAUCAUUUGCCGACUCUGCUAGAAGAAAAGCAGAGAGCGUUUGAAAUCCUUGACAGAGGCCCUGUUGGCUUAGACAACACUCUCUACCAAGUGGAAAAAGAAAUGGAGGAAAAAGAAGAACAGCUGGCACAGUACCAAGCCAACGCGAGCCAGCUGCAGAAGCUCCAAGCCACCUUCGAAUUCACUGCCAACAUCGCGCGUCAGGAAGAAAAAGUGAGGAGAAAGGAAAAGGAGAUCCUCGAAUCCCAGGAGAAGCAGCAGAGAGAGGCUCUGGAGCGCGCUGUGGCCAGGCUGGAGAGGAGGCACUCGGCCCUGCAGAGGCGCUCCACCCUGGGCGUGGAGAUCGAGGAGCAGAGACAGAAGCUGGCCACUCUGAGCAGCAGCAGCAGCAGCAGCGAGCAGGCGGGGCUCCGGGCCAGCCUGGAUGCUGAGCAGGCAGCCCUGGAGAGGGACCAGGAGAGGUUAGAACAUGAAAUCCAGCAGUUGAAGCAGAAGAUCUGUGAGUUUGAUGGUGUUCAGAAAGGGCAUUGUGGGACCUUGGAGGAGAAAGCUGCUUCUUCCUGCUUGCCAUCCAGUGCUCAAAAAUCUCACCUUGUCCCUCUGAUGGACGCCAGGAUCAAUGCGUACAUUGAAGAAGAAGUCCAAAGACGUCUUCAGGAUUUGCAUCGUGUGAUUGGCAGUGACAGCAGUACAUCUGCAGAUCUGAUGAAGGAUGAUGAGAAACUUCACAAUGGCGCCAUUCAACGUAAACUAAAAUAUGAGCUGCCCGGAGAUGUCACUGACACUUCUAGCAGAGAAGAGAAGAAGGAGGUGGAUCAGAACAACUACCAGAGUCAUCCAAGGACACAGAACAUCUCAGGCCCUACAGUGCCCUGCUCAGCAUCACAAGAGAGAACCCACCAGGAAAGGGAUCAGCCCUCAGUACACGAGGUGUUGAGGAACAGUGAUCAUCCUGAGCACACAGGUGGUUUUCAAGUAAAAGGUUUCAAUCUGCCUAAAAUCUCUUUUCUUAGCGAAGGCAACACCAGUGAUGCAGAACAUUUGCAGGGUAAGUCAGAAAACUUCAGUGAGCUGAUGACUCAUAAAGAUGAACACAGUUUGGGCAUUGAGUCCGGCUGGACUUUGCUGCAACAUACGUCCCAAGAAGUGUCUGUAAAUAGUGGAAGCAAGCAGACCAGGCAAAGCGAGUUACUCUGCUUUGUUCUCUCUGAAAGUGUUUCUAGCAAGGAGAGUGUAUCUGACAGAGUUCCCCAGAGUGCACCAGCAUCGAAGUUUUGUAAGGAGCAGCAAGCUGAGAAAGAGUUAGCUGCUACAAAAGUUAGCUCUCCAGAGUCACUGAGUAGUAUCAGGACAGAAAGAAACAGAGGAUUGGGAUAUUUUUACCACAGGUUCUCAGACCUUUAUAAAGAUACCAGCAGUCACCUGCUACAGGCUGGCACAAAGGUGAUCAGCCAAGCCAGGCAUAUGGGGAGCCUGUGUGACCCCAGCGGGAUCACCUCCCAUAUGAUGACAUUCGUCAGAAGAAUGCCAUUUCUGAAACACUUGCCCCUGGACAUACCCUUGAAGUCACACACGGUGUCAUCAGAAUCUCAUUUUCUUCCCCAGGAAGCUCAGGUUGGCAUCAGCAGCGAAGAGGCCGGGGCCAUUAGGCCAGCAAGGAGCAUCGUGCCUUACAGAGCACCAGGCCUUACUGCUGCCUCCACAGCCACCGAGUUACCAGCUUCCUCACCCAGCUCGGUUUUCCGCCUGGAAUACAAAGAUAGAGGGAGCUCUGCGUUUAAGCAGACCCUUGUGCAGUUCCCAGACCACAUGCUGGAACUCCAAGAGUGCCCUUUAAAAGACCUUCUUGAGUACGUGGCUUGUCCCCUACCAGAACUUUUGGGUGACAUGAAUGAAAUCAAAGGCGUUUAUUGGCUUGCUGUUGCUAACUGCACAGAGCCUGACCCCCAGCCGGCGUGUUUGCUCCUGUUUCGUUCCGCUUUAUAUGCUUUGGUUCUGUCAGAUAACGAUCCAGGCUCCUUGGGCAUUUUUCAUACUCUCCCUCUCUCUGGACUACAGGAGAUACAAAUCGGCUUUGGCGGACAGAGCCUUCGAUUCCUGGGCUCUGCAGAGAGUCUCCUGCUUACCGUGUUUAGUUACAACAAAAACCUCUGUCAACAGAUAUGCCGUGACCUCCUGUGUGUCCUGAUGCCUGAGUCUGAUGCUGCUGCCUACACUAAUCAUCCUCUGCUCCAACAAGAUCUAGUCCAGCUUUCUCUUGAUUGGAAAGCCGAAAUCCCUGAUGUAGUUUUGGCAAACGGAGUUCGGUUGUCAUCCAAAUUCCAGAAUACCUUGGUUGACAUGAUUUACUUUCUUCAUGGAAAUAUGGAAGUCAACAUUCCCUCUCUGUCAGAGGUUCAGUUAUUGCUCUACACAACGGUCAGAGUCGAGGGUGACUCUGACCAAGACCACUGCCAGUCGCUAGUCCUUCUGAACACCCACAUUGCACUUGUGAGGGAAGAUCGAGUGUUCCAUCCUCACACUCGGUCUCUCAACACACCUCCUCCACGAACACAAUUUGAUGUGAUCAAAUGCCGUGCUUUAAGUGAAUUCAGGUGCAUUGUUGUUCCAGCGAAACCAUUAUCGACAGUCGAACUUGUCUUCUUACAAAAACUCAAACUUCCACCAGAUUCAAGAAAUAGUCCGCCUGAGCGCUCUGAAGAAGCCCAGAAGGUCCAGUUGUUCACCAGCCCAUUGUCUCGUCAGGGCAGUCAGAAUGUGGCACCUGAGGUCUGGAAGCUGACCCUCAACUCUCAGGAUGAGGCUCAGUGGCUAAUCUCGCAUUUAACAAGGCUUUAGGGAGGAGGCCUGUAAAAAUACUGUGCGUAUUUUUUGAGAUCUUUAAUAAGAUGAACAUGAAAACCGUCAAGGACUAUGAAUAUCUCAGUAUAGCUAAUUGAUUUGAAACUGGAAAAAUGCAGCCCUCUAAAAUUAAAAAUGUGAAUAUUUUAAAUAUCUACAGUAAAAAAAACAGCUGAAAGCAGAGCAAUGAUAAAAUAUCUUUAUCACCUUCUUGAUUCAUUUUCUUGAAACUCAGCCUUGUAAAUUUGGGCCCGCCUCAUUAUAUGUGAGAUGAUUAAAGCAUUUCUGAUUGUGUUUGGCGUCAUGUCGACUUAUAGCACGGUGGCUUGGAGUCUGUCUGUGCCUGCUGGAUUCCGGCUAAUUUGUGCUGCCUGAAAAAGGGCCCGAUCUGGCAGUGACCGUCAUUGACAUCCUCCCUUUUAGCGGUGACUGGGACAGCUCUGUAGCAGAGCACAUUAGUGAUGCAUCAGGCUUCCUGGAAGGACCCAGGGAUUUGAAAUGCCCUCCUCUCACUCUAAUACAUGGAAUGGAGACAGCCCUGCGUGCCCUGCAGUGUCUUCUUCCUCAGUUAAUUGCCUUUUCCUUCCUCCUUUCAGACUUCGUGACUGUUCCUUUCCGGCAUAUGUGAUUUCAGCUCGUUACUUGGUUU